AUGGCCACGCAGCAACACGACGGCGGCGUGCCCUUUGCCGUCAGCGCCCGCGCCCAGAAGCUGCAGCUGCUCGAGCUGCCCUCGGACGUGGCCGCGCUGCUCGACGCCCCCAAUCCCCCGCGGCUCUCCAUCAAAUCCAGCGCCGCCGCCCCUGGCACGCCUGCAUAUGCCGUGCUCUGUACGCCCAACAAAACCUUCCACCUGCGCCAGGUCCAGACGUCGAAUUCGCUCUUCGUCACCCAGCCCCAGUCCCUCGACUCCCAUGGCAACCACAUACCCCUCCUCGCCACAUGCGCCAUAGCUUCGUGCCCUGCCACUCUGGAGUUACACCCCUCGGACGCUUCUGCUGUCGCUCUGCUGCACGACGUGCUGCCCGUGUACGACGUUGUCGCUGGCCAUGUCGACGCAACGGGCAACGGCAAGAGCAGAGCCACCAUCUUCGAGAAUCUCCCCCUGUCAGAUGCGCAGUGCCACGCCGGAUGGGACGAGCUGAUGGCGUUUGAGCUCGAUCAAGACACCUACCGCCCCUCUGUAAACGCACUGUCACACGUCUGGAGAUCCAUCAAUGCGGCUUCCCUGGCCGAGGGCCUCAAGCUCGAUAGCCAAUUCCUAACCGAAGAGGUAGCAGCAGCGGUAUCUGAAGACGGGCAUCCGCUGUCCUUCGUCAAGGCCGUGCUCAGACACCUCUCAAACGACGAGCAGGACGCCGACGGACCAUGGUCAUGUCUUGACCGAGCAAGAACCGUUGCAUUUGUCGGCAAAACCCUGCUCCACGCGAAACAGGGAAGCAUCGAUUUCCUCAUCACCGAAUUCACAGACAACUGGGAGGACAGCUUGCCGGAAGCAUGGCGAAAAGAUGCGAAGCUCAGUGCAAUCGAAGGGUCGUACGAGUUUCCAUCAGACACCACCGUCAGGGCCAAGAGCAAGGAUGUAGCCGUGGCGAACGUGCAAGAUGCGCCUGUAGCGACCAAACCGUCGGCGAGGAAAUGGCACGAGAAAUUUGCGAAGACACGAAAGAAAUGA